UCCAACUCAGUAUGUUGGACUUUGCCCAGCUUUACGAAAAUUGUUUGGAUUUGCCGCUUUGCAUAAAAGUAACUGGUGUGAAGAAAAUGUGAUCAAAAGUCACACGGUGAUAACAUUUAAGAUACCCAAAUUGACAACAUUGCAGGAACAGGGAUUUGAAGCUGUAAAAUGAUGUUUAUGGCGACAGAAAUCACGGUAUUCUCUGGAGGUACGGUCACCGCUAGUUUGUGGGUCUUCUUGGUUCUCAUAGCGGUAAAACUCGUAACUUUGGUGAGGAAACAGCGAGAAGAUGCGCUAGUUCUGGAGAAGUUUCCCGGACCUCCACGACACUGGCUACUGGGACACGUGCAUAAGUUUGAGCCACCAGAUGAAACCGGAGGCCUGCAGUGGGCGGACGACAUGGCAGCGGAGUAUGUGUACGGCUAUCCUGUCUGGUUCGGUCCGGUCGGGUACCUGAACGUCACCCACCCAGAGUACGCCAAAACCAUCCUGGCAACAACAGAACCAAAGGAUGAGUUUGUCUACAGGUUCAUCAAGCCGUGGAUUGGUGAUGGCCUCCUGGUCAGCCACGGACAGAAAUGGUUCCGUAACCGACGCCUUCUGACGCCAGCAUUCCAUUUCGGCGUGCUACAACCGUACACGCAUCUUUUCUCCGACUCAACUAACAUCAUGAUGGCCAAGUGGAGGCAGCUUGGUGCAGGUGCAUCCAUCGACGUGUUUGAGCAUGUGAGUCUGAUGACGCUGGACAGUAUGCUGAAGUGUGCGCUCACAGUGGAGAGUAACUGUCAGGUGGACAGAAAACAGAACUCGUAUAUUGCUGCUGUAUUUUCCCUGACCAAGUUAGCUCUACAGCGUUUCCACCUCUUCCCUCUGCACAGUGAUCUGAUCUACUACCUCACCCCUAUGGGAUACAGGUUCUGGAAGCUGUGUAAGGUGGUGCACCAACAUUCUGAGAGCGUGAUCAGAGAUCGGCGUGAGGCCCUGAAAAAGGAGCAAGUGCAGGACUCGGGCCAGAGGAGGAAGUACCUGGACUUCCUGGAUAUCUUGCUCAAGACAAAGGAUGAAGAUGGAAACGGUCUGAGCGAUGUUGAGAUCCGUGACGAGGUGGACACGUUCAUGUUCGAGGGCCACGACACCACGGCUAGCGGGCUGUCGUGGACGCUGUACAACCUGGCGCGCCACCCGGAGCACCAGGAGCGAUGUCGACAGGAGGCUCGCAGUGUGCUACAGGGCAGAUCUGUGGUCACUGGUACAGACCUGUCCCACCUACCCUACAUCACUGUGUGUAUAAAGGAGAGUCUGAGACUCCACACUGCAGUCCCUUCUAUAGCCAGGAAACUCACCAAGUCCGUCACCUUCCCUGAUGGAAAAUCCCUUCCACCAGGUAGUUUAGUUGGGAUCUCUGUCUGGAACAUCCACCACAAUCCACAUGUCUGGAGGGAUCCAAAGGUGUACGACCCAUCCCGGUUCCUCCCAGAGAACUGUAAGGGUCGUCACAGCCACGCCUUCAUUCCCUUCUCAGCAGGACCCAGGAACUGUAUUGGCCAGCACUUUGCCAUGAAUGAGUUGAAGACUGCAGUGGCCCUCAUUGUGCAGAGUUUUCGACUGUCUGUGGAUGAGAACCACGUGGCCAAGGGUGUCAUGUCCCUGGUGCUGAAGGCGGCAGAUCCUGGACUAUUUCUUAAAGUCACUCCUUUAGACUGAGAGGAGGGGAAGUAGAAAUGACAAUUCUGGGUUGAUUUCAGGGUUGUUAUGUAAUAAAGCUAUACGCACAAGCAGUUAGAGAUUGGGAACUGCCAAUAUGAUGUAUUUGUGCAUUUGCUUUCAAUGUAAUAAAGAUAUUAGUCUCCCAUAAAAGAAUAUGAUAAUUCAGGUUGAUUUCAGGGUUAUGAUGUCGACAGCUAUACGCACAAGCAGCUAGAGAUUGGGAACUGCCAAUACAAUGUACAUAUAAAUUGCUUUUAAUGUAAUAAAGAUGAUAUUAAUCUCCCUUAAAUCUUCUUAUAUAGAGGCAGGGAAUUAGAAUUAAAAGUGAUUUCAAAGUUUACAUACUGACACUAUAUCAUCACUGAGAUGACAAUUGCUUUAAGAAAGAAAUGUGUGAAGUUUAUGCCAGGAAAGUUUAAGGUAGUUUCAUGCCAAAUAAAAAGCUGUAUAUAUAUUAUAACAUUAGAGCGAUAUACUGAGAACAGUGUCCAAUUGUUGGCUGUAUUUUUAAGAAUAAAGGAAUAAAGAUGCCCAUUAAGUUAAGUUAA